GUGGUAAAUUACACUGGAAAUUUCAGUAAUUUUAGAAAGAAACUUGACCCACUGCAAUCCUGACCAGGAUAAAGAGAUGCUGUAACAAUGAGAGACUCCUCAGCGGUCAGCAGCAGUGAUCACGAUGAGUUCGACAGCAGCGACAGCACCACGUUUUGGAGAAAAGACUUCAGCGUACCUGCAGCACCCUCUGGCCGAUCUCGCUGGUUACAGUGGGCUUGUGUGGUCAUCUCAACCAUUUUACUAAUCUCACUCAUCAUCUCCAUGUCCCUAACCAAGUCGCGGGUGGACAGCAGGUUUUCUGAUAUAGAGAAAGAAGUGAAAAAUGUAACUCAGCUCAGUUUAGCUCUGAUCACCAGGAUCCAACAACUGGAGAAACAUGGUGAUGACGUUGUUCAGAAGUUAAAUCAGAUGAAGAUCAGUGUGAACUCACUGCAAACUCAGAGCAACAACUUCUUUACUGAAGUGAAGAACACACAGGAAGUUGUUGCUCAGAUGAAAUGUAGCAUCAGCGCUCUUAAAAACAACCGUACUGAGGAUCAGUGCUGUCUCCUGGACUGGAGUUUGUACCUGAUGAACUGCUAUUAUUUCUCUGAUGAGGGAAAAUCGUGGAAUGAAGCUCGAGACGAGUGUGAGAGGAGAAACGCCGAGCUGCUCGUCCUGAAGAGCCCAGAGGAGAAGGAGUUUGUGAUUAAACACACCAAGCCGUUUUAUUAUUGGCUUGGACUGAGUGAUGAGAGAACUGGACAGUGGGAGUGGCUGGAUGGAACCCCGUACCACAUGGACAAAAGGGAAUGGAUGCCUGGUCAGCCUGAUAACUGGAUGGCUCACGGUUUGGGAGGGGGUGAGGACUGCGCCCACUUCCACAAAGAUGGGCGAUACAAUGAUGAUCACUGUUCACGCAACUACCGCUAUGUGUGCAAAGCCCACGCAUUAACACACUGAUACACACACACACACACACACACACACACACACACGUGAUGUUUGUUAGUGCGCAUACAUAUAACAUUAAUGUGAAUCAGUUUAGAUGGUUUUAGCAGCAGAAACAGUGUAUGAAUGUGUAUAUUUACUCUUUAUAAAACAGAAUAAAAUGUUUAAUGUUUUAAUGUUUUAAUAAAGCAGAAUUGUUUUCAUUUCA